AUGAUGCAAUUCCUCACUGUCGCCGCCCUCUUCACCACCGCCGCCUUCGCCUCUCCCAUCGCACAGGCUCCCAACACCCCACCUGCCGGCACUCCCGUCUACACUCCGGCCAGCACCCCGAUCUACUACCCCCUCAACACUCCGGUCAACACGCCAGUCGCCACUCCCGGCAGCGGCAGCGGCCCCGGCUUCAUCGGCGGCGGCUACAACAGCCUCCCCGUCUGCGGCCCGCACGCCUACGACCCGCGCGCCUUCCACUGCUACGACAGCAGCGUCGGCUACGGCGGCCAGACGUACACCAACAUCCUGUGCCCGCUGCAGAACGGCGAGCCGCUGGCCGCCUGCGGCCCGAGCUGCUACGACCCGGAGAUCUUCACCUGCGGCGCCGACGGCAUCCUGUCUGUCGCCGGCCAGUACGCCACCCCCGCCGCCGCUACCCCGAUGACUCCGGCCGGCGUCUUCCCUCCGGCCGGCGCGACGCCGACGGGGGGCCUCUAA